CUAUUACAAAUCUCGCAUCUCAAAUUCGAAACCCUAGCAUAGUCCGCCACUUCCUCUCUCCCUCUCUCACUCGCACUUGCAGCAGCGAGAGAUGUCGCACUUUGGGAGAUCCGGCCCUCCAGAUAUCAGAGACACCUACUCUCUUCUCGUCCUCAACAUCACUUUCCGAACCACCGCCGAUGAUCUCUUCCCUCUCUUCGACAAGUACGGCAAGGUCGUCGACGUCUUUAUCCCCAGAGACCGAAGGACUGGAGAAUCGAGAGGAUUCGCUUUUGUUCGGUAUAAGUAUGCGGAUGAGGCACAGAAAGCGGUGGAAAAGCUUGAUGGAAAAAUAGUUGACGGCAGAGAGAUUAUGGUUCAGUUCGCCAAGUAUGGCCCAAAUGCCGAGCGAAUUCACAAAGGGAAGAUAUCAGAGUCAACUUCGAAGACAAAAGGCAGGUCUAGAAGUCGUAGCCCUCGUCCUAGGCAUCGGGAUGAACAUAGGGACAAGGAUUACAGAAGGAGAAGUCGUAGUAGAAGCAGGGAGCGAUCUGCUCGUGACAGGUACCGUGGGAGGGAAAAAGAUAAUCGUCGCCGGAGCAGGAGCCCUAGUGCAAGUCCUGAUAAUCACAAAGAUCGUGGGAGAGGCAGAUAUGACGAUGAGCGGCGGAGUCGAAGCCGGUCCUAUGAUAGUGCCUCCCCUGCUCGGCGCAGUCCGAAUCCUAGGAGGAGCCCGUCUCCACAUAGGACACCUUCUAGGGUUGAAAGUCCUGAUGCACGCAAUCAUAAAGAAGGCUCUCCUGUACCAAAAACUGUUGCAUCACAUGGUCGACCUGUUGAUUCUCGAAGCCCUUCUCCUCGUAGAUCUGAUGCUGAUGAAUGAAGGAGCAGCAUAUGAUGUGAUGGAGAUUUCUGUGGCUCAAUGCGUUCUGUGUAUCUGCUUUAAUUGUGGAGCGGACAUGUUAAGUUAGGCAUGCUAUGAUCAACGCCUUGAAUGCUAGAUUUCAUCGCCAUGGACCUUUUGGGAGGUUGAACAUUACCUUGUUGGAUUCAAUGCAUUUCUUGACUCGUGUUUGAUCGCAGUUCAUGUAUUAAUUUCUAUAGUUGUGGUCGGGAAAGGUGAAUUUUGCUGUUUGCUGUUUGCUGAGAUGUGCUUGCUGUGGUGCUGGUUUUGCUUCACAGAUGGUGGAUAUGAUGUUCAUGCUGGUUGCAAUCUACUGUCUUACCAUUUUUUCUUUGAUAAUGUCCUGAUUGGUAAGAGUUGACACUCACAUUUCAUUUGAGUCCUUCAUCCAUGGGGAUUUUGACUUUUAACCGUACCGUAGUUCUCAACCUUGCUGAUAUUAAAAGAUUCAGCCGACCACGGAGUUUUAGUAGCUGUGGUUGCCUAAAGAUGGAUGCAAUUCGCAUGCCUUUACAUGUGGCUGUUGCAGGCUCAUAUGAAUGCUUCCUCAGUUCAUUUGGGGUCUAACUUUCGGGUACCUCUUUCUUGCAAUGGCAGCCUAUGACGCAGCAUUUUUAGAAAUUUAUGAGUAGAUAGAAACUAUCACCAGGACAUGUUCAUUCAUGUGAAUGAUUUUUUUUUUGUUUCCCUUUGCUUUUUAAUCUUUUUUUUUUUUAAAUGGUUGUUAGACUCCUACAAUAUGGUUAAACAUGUUUUGUUUGGAUGUAGUCUUGUUAUCAGUU